AUGGGUGUCUCCCAUCUUUUGCGGCAGGGUGUCAUGCCCGUUCUCGUCGUGCUCGGAGCCAUCCUCGCCGCUCCGCACUCUGUCAUGGCAGCAGAAUGCGAUCCUCAACUCAUUGGCUCCGGCCCAACUACCACGCCAGACACGGUGGACGCUUUCCACCGGAACGGCGUCUACGGGGGUACCGCAAUCAAUACUCCCGUCCCUCCCGGCUAUACCGUCUACACCAACAACGGCCAGAUCCCCUUUAACCUCUACGGCACAUGGAGCUCUGUGACUCUGCCCAACGCAGACUUCCUAGGCUGGCGAAACCUCCAGACAUACGACCCGGUCUACUGCUCGACCGUCUGCAACGGCAUCCCGGGGUGCAAGUCCUUCAACACGUUCUACCAGCGCGCACCAAAAGUUGAGCCGAGCUGGAAUGCGAGCUCCCCUUGCUACAACCCGCCCUCGACCGUUCAGAUCAUGUGCACCUUUUGGGACACACCCCUCAACAUGUCUACCAUCGAACAGAACUUCGGGUGGCCCCGUGGUGGGUUCCAAGUGGCUAUUGUCGCAUCCAAAUAUUACAACAAGAACUAG